UGCAUGAUGCAGUAGCUUAGCAUAAACCCAUUCAUUCACAACUUCGUUUAAGCGCCGUUUAAUGCAACUGAUUAUACGGAAUAAGCUACAAAACAUAACGAAAACAAAUGUUGUUAGUUGAUGCAUAUCGGGCUAAGGUUAGUAAGCCCGAUAUUUCCUGCGUUUGUUGCGCACGAAGCUGAAUUUGUGUGGAUGAUACCUGCUAUUUUCUCUUGCCUUGAUGGUGAACUCGUAAACGGUGUCUUUUCUGUAAACUUGUAAUUAUUUCACUAAAAUGGAAACGACUGAAGAUACUACAAAGACCAAUGUCAGUAAAACGCUGCUUAUACGACACCUUCCCGCCGAACUGAGCAAAGACGAGAAAGAGGAUCUGCUCAAGUAUUUUGGAGCCGAGUUUGUCCGAGUAUUUCCGAACAGGGGUCGUAUGAAAAAUGCAGCUUUUGCAACUUUCAAGACGGAAACCUUUGCUGCAAAGGCACUUGCAAGACUGCAUCAGUUGGAGGUCCUUGGUCAUACACUUGUGGUAGAGUUUGCAAAAAACCAAGAUUCUGUUGUAGUAUUAAAAGAUCCACCAGUGACAAAAAUCAGUGACAAAACUACCACAGAAGAGAAGAAGCCGGAGCCUAAACAGUGUACUCCUCUUUUAGAAGAUGAGAUUGCACCACAGCUUGGGUUGAAAUUUCAGGCAAACCCCACUUUAAAAUAUUUAUAUCCCCCGCCUUCAAAUGCCAUCCUCGCAAAUAUCACACAUGCUCUCAUCAGUGUGCCCAAGUUUUAUGUUCAGGUUCUCCAUCUGAUGAAUAAAAUGAAUUUACCGUGUCCUUUUGGCCCAGUCACAGCCAGACCACCUACGUAUGAAGUUUUUGCCCCAGCUUUUCCCAUAUUUCCCCCUGAAAACCCCCCUCUACCUCGACAGGAGGGGUCCAGCGCGGAGUCGGAGUACGAGAGCGAAGAUGAUGAAGAUAAGGAGAGGAUCGCACGAGUGAUGGGCCUGGUCAACCAAGCGUACAAGAGACCGCAGAGACAAAAGACAUCCUCCAAACGAAAGAAGCCCCGGAUCAAGGAUCUCCUCUUCGCUCCUAAAGCAGACUCCCAGAGUGCCCCAGUUCUGCAGCCGUCAGAUGUGUUUGAGCAGCCUCAUCCGACUGGUCCCAAGAAAAUCGAGUUCCACAUUUCGGUUACGGAGACAAAAGUGGAGGCGGCUGGUCCAGGUGUGGAGUCUCAGAGUGAACAAAGAGAAGAGGAGGUAGAGGCCCCCCGGAGAAUGCAGGAGGUAGUUGAGGUGAUCGAAGGAUUUGGAAAGCUCUUCCCCAGCGUAGUGCCAACUGAAACACAAGAAGAAGACAGUGAAGAUGAGGACAUACCCAAAGAUGUCAUAUCCAGAAGGGAACUGGAGAAAGGACGAUUAUCCAGAGAUGAGAUAAAAAGGAUGUCUGUGUUUAAAAAUUAUGAACCUGGCGAGCCGACGUGCAGACUGUACGUGAAGAACAUCGCCAAACAAGUGGAGGAGAAGGAUCUCAAGUACAUCUAUGGGAGGUAUAUCGAUCUUUCAUCUGAAGCUGAGAGAAACAUGUUCGACAUCGUGUUAAUGAAGGAGGGGCGGAUGAAAGGGCAGGCCUUCGUGGGGCUCCCCAGUGAGGCCAGUGCACAGAGAGCCCUGCGGGACACCAACGGAUACGUGCUCUAUGACAAACCUCUUGUUGUUCAAUUUGCCCGGUCAGCCAAACCAAAGGACAACAGUGACACAAAGAGAAAGCCUCGCUGAGCUAAACCAGGUGAGUAUGACAAUGAGAAACUGUGGGGCUUCUGCCAAAUAAUCCUCAAGGCUGGAAAUAACACUUUUAUCAUUUUAAUGGUGUUUUCUUUUUGCAUUUUGUUUACACUUUAUUUAUUCAAGAUGCCAUGGCUUGAUAAUGUGGUCCUGCUGAAGCUUUUGUAUCCUUAUUCUUAUAUCCUUUUGAAAAACAGGGCAGUUACUUUGCAGCCCUUUGCAGAACAAUUGGAAGUUCUUACUAUUGGACCUGUAUUGUACAAAUGUAGUCUAAAUUUAAAAGAGCUAGAAUUUAGUUUUAUUUAUUGCACAGUGACAACUUGGGCUAUUUUAAUUCUUUACAAUGGUCUCUACUUUUUGUACUUUUCUAGGUGAUGCUCAUCAGAUGUCAACGUCUUUUUGUACAGAAUAAAAUAUUUUAUUAAAUGUU